AUGCGAUUGACCGUCGAACUCAUCCAGAAUUCCCUUUCCUACAUCAAUCCGCUCAAGGAUCGCGAGCUAGAUCUUCGAGGGCACAAGAUCCCCGCGAUUGAGAAUCUGGGUAUUGCAAAGGACCAAGAUGCGAUUGACUUCACCGAUAAUGAUAUCUCCUCGCUGGCGAAUUUCCCCUUCUUCCCUCGCCUGCGCACCCUCCUCCUCGCGCGCAACCGGGUCAAGCACAUCCAGCCGGCCAUCGCCUCCUCCAUACCCAAUCUGUCGACGCUGGUGCUAACGGCGAACAACAUGUCCGAGCUGGCGGACUUGGAUCCGCUCCGCAACCUGGCGCGGUUGACGCAUCUGGUGUUGAUGGAGAAUCCCGUUACACGGAAAGAGCCAAGAGUCCUGUCUGACCUGACCAUCUCCCCCCAGCACUACCGAUACUGGAUCAUCUGGAGGAUCCCCACCGUCCGCUUUCUCGACUACCAGAAGGUGAAGGAUGCAGAGCGCGCAAAGGCACGGGAACUCUUUGGUACGGCGGAGGAGCCGUCUGCCCUCGCGUCCAAGCUCAUGGGCAUCAAGUCACGAACCUUCGAAGUGCCGUCUGGCGGCGCUGCGGAGCGCGCGCCCGCGGACAAGGCGGUGCGGGUCAAGUUGACCGAGAAGGAGAGGAAGCGGGUGGAGAAGAUGAUCCGGGAGGCCAGGAGUCUGCAGGAGAUUACUAGGCUGGAGAAGGAGUUGAAUGAGGGGCGGAUACCCGGCGGGGCCUUGGAUGCUGGGGAUGACAGUGACGAUGAGGAUAAGAUGCAGAUGUGA